CUUGCAAAAAUCCUGAGAUAUUUAAGGGUAUCAGGAGGCAGAAUUGCCAGUCUCAGACUGCACAACUAAACUCCAAGCCUCAACACUCCGAACAAAUAAUGGCAAUCAAGAACAACCUCUCCAACAACCGUGAGCUAACCAUCGAAGAGUUCAAGGAGUGGUUAAAGAAGUUCGACACUGACAAGGACGGGCGAAUCAGCAGAGAUGAGCUGCGAAAGGCCAUCCGUAGCAGAGGGGGGCGGUUCACCACAUGGAAGAGCAUCCGCGGCAUUCGUCAGGCCGAUACUAACCGUAACGGGUACAUCGAUGAUGCAGAGAUCGAGAACCUUGUUGCCUUCGCUCAGAAAAACAUGGGUCUCAAGAUAGCUGCAUAUUAGCUUCAUGACUAGUAUAGUUUGGUCAGGUUUGGCUGGUUGUUAGUACACAUCUAUGCAAAGUUUGGCUUGUGAUAUUAGGGAGUCUGCUUCUCUUCUUAGGUUGUAACAUCUGAGCAACUGCAAUGUUUUUGUCAGUGUUUGCAAGUGGUACUCAGAUAUAAAGAAUGGUUUAUUCUGGCUGCUGUGCUGUAAUAUAAAUCAGUAAUACAUAGUUAAGAGAGAAAGCUAAUUGAAAGGAAAAAAAAGUUUCAGAACAGUUCAGCAUUAAUAGAAUAGAAGGUAAUUUUCUCCAAUACUUCCCAUCUAUUUUGAUUAAAGAAGGCACCAGCUCAACCCCAAAAAUUGAAACUCAGAUUUCAUCGCUUAGGAAACUACAAAAUCAGACAAAUCUCUGGAAGAACCUUUGGACUGUGUCUUUACAACAUAGAAAAACAGGGAUCGGAUGGCAUAUUUACAUUGGAAUGAUAUCCAGACUUGGCAAAAUAGGGAGGGGGAAAAAAAAAAAACACUUGCUGACC